AUGGUGUGGGUCUCUAGUGACCUAUACAGCUCCUCCGUGUUCCGUCUCCUGACACCGUCAAUCAUCAGUACUCGCGUACCUUUCGCCAGCUCGGCGCCUGAUCACGUCGCAUCUCCCGUCGCCAUCGCCUUCGCUGUGGCUCUCGCUGUGUCGUUCGAUGCUAGGCACGACAACUCGAUCAUGGACAACAUCGACUACAAAGCGAAGGUCGGCUUCGUGCCGGCUGGCGACGGAGGCCGAGUCACAAUCGUCCUCUCGUUUGCGUCGGAAUCCCCUUCGCUCCUCGGAGCCGAGGCGUGCGGCGCCAAGAACGCCCUCGUGAAGGACGUCCCCGCAAAGUCUGGCGCGGAGGCCUCCGACGAGAGCAUCAUCAAGAAAGACCUGGCCGCGGCAGAGGCGCCCGCCGCGGGCACGGUCGACUCGGGCAAGGCCAAGGCCACUUCGCUCCUCGGAGCCAAGGCUUGCGGCGUCAAGAACGACGUCAAGGACAUCUCCGUGGCGACGUCUGGCACGGAGGACGUCCUCAAGAAGGACCCGGCCGCGGAAAAGGCGCCCGACGCGGGCGCGGUCGACUCGGACAAGGCCAAGGCCAUGUCCAUGUUCGCCUCCCACGCGCCGCGACCGACCGCCGUUUUCUGGUCCAAGUUUACGCCCCUCAAGAAGGACAUCCAUGCGGCAGAGUCUGGCGCGGAGGCCUCCGUUGACGAGACCGGCGCCAUCAAGAACGACCCGGCGCUCAAGCCGGCCACCAAGGUCGCCACGGCCCUCAAGCCGGCGGAGGCCGGCGGCGCACCGCUGCCGUCGAUCAAAACGUUUCCGGAGGAGAAGCCCGCCGCCCCGGCGGCGAGCGCCUGGCAUUGUGCGCGCCGGCGUCUGCCGACCCACUCUGGCGACGCCGACUGGAACGUUUCGACCAUGGAGAAACCAGAGGAGACGGCCGCCCCGGCGGUCAUCGACGAGUGGAAGACCCCCUCCCCGCUCCGCAAGAUCGAGCGCAAGGGCGAGCCCAACCUGAUCGACCGCUCCAAGAAGACCACCAAGAAGACCACCCCGAUCGGCCGCGUCACCCCAACGGCGCCCAACCUGGUCGACUGCUCCAAGAGCACCACCCCGACCGACCCACCGACGGCCCCCAACGGCGUCACCAAAAGCGCCCCGGCUCUCACGCCAGUGGCGACCGGCGGCGCGCCGCUGCCGUCGAGCGAGGAGGGCAACGCCGACUGGACCGUCUCGGCCAAGGAGUCUCCGCCAGCGGAGAAGCUCGCCCCGGCGGGCAUCCCCGACAGGACCACCCCGUCGAACCCGCGCCGCAAGAAGGGGCGCAAGGGCGCGUCCGCCCCGAUCGUCCGCACCAAGAGCAUCGCCCCGGUCGGCGGCAACAACCGGUUCGUGGCCCUGCUCGGAAUGGACGGCAACGAGGGCAUCCUCGGCGGCACUGGCAAGGUGCCCCGCGGCUCCACGCCGUCGACCACAGACUCGGGCGCGACGGCCAACGUCGAGACGACCACGAUCACCACGGCCGGGGGCUCUACCUCCGGCCGGUUCUCGUGGCCAAAGUCCUACAACUUGCUCCGCCUGUUUGGCAUCCUCGCGCUCUGCCUCGGAGCCGCGUUUGCGCACUCCUCGUACUCUGCCACCUCGCUCCUCUCCUCGCAGCGGUACGAGUCCCCGACUUCCUUUCCCGCAGUCACAACGCCGAUCGCGCCGUUCACGCCGGCAUCGCCCAACGGCUUCUGCGAGGUUGGCGGCAACGACACCAGCUCGUUUGCAGCCAUCGUGUCGUCGGACAGCGCGCCCGCCAGCCACCCGGUGCGUGCUCGCUUGCGCGCGUGCCUCGGAGCCGCGUUUGUGCACUCCUCGUACACUGCCACUUCCGCGCUUCUCUCCUCGCAGCGGUACGACUCCCCGUGGCCAACAUCGCCUCCCGCAACCGUCGCAAAGCCGCUCACGCCGGCAUCGCCCAACGGCUUCUGCGAGGUUGGCGACACCACCUCGUUUGAAGCCAUCGUCUCUUCGGACAGCGCGCCCGCCAACCACCCGCACGGGCACGAGGACGGGCACUCGUGGGGAGCACUGAUGGACGAGAUCGACAAGGCGGUGGGCGAGCCGUUGCAUCUGAUUGGCGAGCCGCUGGCGUCCAUCGAGGACGUCUACGAGAAGCGGCCGGGCGAGGCCGACUUGGAGACCGUCCCGGCCUCGCGCAACAGCACGGAGCGCAAGGUCGAGCCCGAGGUCGACUCUACGAUCGGUCCCGUCUACAGCAACAGGACGGAGAGCGUCGCUCGGGGGCGCGACACCGUCCUGCCCGUGAACGACACGUCGCCCGAGUUGCGGCCCGCCGACGCUGGGAAGCCCGGGAUGGUGCGGAAGCUGGUCGAGACUGGUCUCGGCGCAGGGGCCUCCUUGCUGCUCGGGCGAGCCGGCAUGAAAAUGACCGCCUCACUCGCCUCGCGCGAGAAGGCGACCGACGCCCUCGUCCGCAUGAGCGCCGCCGCACUGCUCGUCGGCAAAGCGGCCGCGGCUCCUCCGCCUCCGGCUCCGCCAUCUUCUUGCGACACGGCGCUGGACCUCUCCACUCAAACCUCUCCGUUGUCAUCGAGCACCGUCGGCGCUCUUGAGACGUAUGGCACAUCCUGCGGCGGCUCAGGCAGUGAGAAGAUCUUCUACGUGGAGGUGCCGGCGGGAGGUGAGCUCACGAUCGGAAUGACGUCCAACACGUACGACUCGAGGCACGAGACGCGAUGGGGCGGGAGCUGCCCAGGCGCCAAUCUCGUCGCAUGCACCGACGACCCAGACACCUUGCAGCACUUGUGGAUCAACACUCAGGGCUCGACUCAGACGGCGUUCUUCAUCGUGGACGCAUACUCGUCCGGCAGCGGCGAUUUUGUACUCGCGUGGAAUCCAUUCGUCACCUCCAUGAUCGAAGUGGGCGGCGGCUCGUGGCAAGGGGAAGUCUCCUGGUCGCUCGCGUGCGACGGCCUCGCCGACCCCAUCACGGAUGGGGCACCCUACGAGGCGAUGCACGCGGUGCCGCCGGGCGUUUGCACCCUCGAAAUGAUCGAUUCGUACGGCGACGGGUGGAACGGAAACAUGUGGUCAGCGCCAGGCUGGACCGAUGGGACUUUCACUUUCGACUCUGGGUACUCGGGCAUCGCGACCUUUGUCGCUGUGAGCGAGGGCCGGGAAGCAUACAUCUUCGUCGCUCCUGGCGCCCACAUUUACUUGCAGCUGACGCCCGCGUCCAACGGAAAGAACGGCUUCGUGCAACUACCAUCUGCGUGGUACGCGGGAUUCAGCCUGACGUUCGAGUACUUCUUCACAAGCGAUUCUGGAGCUGACGGGGUGGGCAUCGUGUAUUGGCCGUGCCCCACCAGCGCGCCCUCGUGCGCGGAUUGGAACCAUGCGUGGGAUAGACCUGAGAACUUCAUGGGCGACACGGGCGGUCUUGCGUGGGGCCUGAGCGAGUACCAGGGAAAGUCCCGACUCGCGCACGGCGGGACGAUUGACGAGGUCGCGUGGAACGAUCAGUCGUAUGCCGGGGCGUGGCACAGCCUAGCACUCACCUACGACGGCGCUCUGCUGAGCGGCUCGAUCGACGGGACGUUGAUCCAUGAGAACAGCGUGUCGACCGCACCGGUCAUGCACGACUGGUGCCUCGUCGUGGGAACCUGCAGAUAA